AUGCCGUUCCUCACAAUCAGCAACAAGAAAAUCCACUACGCAGAUCUGAAGCCUGAGGGCAAGGAUGUGCUCGAGACGUUCAUCUUCAUGCACGGCCUCGGCUCCUCGCAGAAUUACUACCACGCAGUCGCGGAGAGGCUGCGCGCAAAUGGCUUUCGAUGCAUAAUCUUCGAUAACACUGGUGCUGGCCGAUCGCCAUACACCGGUACCGGGUCCAGCAUCCAGAGCCUUGGAGACGACGUCAUCGGCAUUCUGGAUGCUCUGGAGGUGCCAAAGGCUGUGGUAGUAGGCCAUAGUAUGGGAGGCAUCGUAGUAGCUCACCUUGCAGCCGAACGUAGCGACCGAGUCGUUGCUGCGAUUCUGAUCGGUCCUGUGUACCCGAAUGAGGGCGCUGUACCAGUCUUCGAGAAGCGUAUCGAGGCAGUCCAGAAGGAUGGCAUGCAGCCUAUGGCAGAUACAGUCCCCCAGGCUGCGGUUGGUUCAAAAGCGUCUCCUCUGGCAUCAGCAUUCAUUCGAGAGCUUCUCCUCGGCCAGGACCCCGCCGGCUACUGCUCCAACUGCCGAGUGAUCAUCAAUGCCAAACCGCCGAGUUACAGCAAGAUCAGCAUCCCUAUCCUGAUCCUGGCUGGCGAAGAGGACAAGAGUGCACCGCUUGAGGGUUGUAAGAAGAUGUUCGAGGAAAUGGGCACGAGCGAAAAGAGACUAGAGGUUAUGAAGGGCGUCGGCCACUGGCACUGCCUCGAAGCGUUCGAAGAAGUGGCUAAGCUGAUCGAGGGCUUCUACCACGAGAUUCAGUGA